AUGCGCAAUGCGCAACUUACGAGUUGUAGCACCAAAAUGCCACCUCGCCAGGAAGCUGUGGGUCCGGGAGGGUCAGAACUGAAAUUUGUUGGGAAUUCCCCUCAAGAAGUUGCUAAGCAAGUGCGUGUCCUAACUCUCAAUGAUGGAGAGCAUCAGGAUUCUACUCUGUAUCGGCUGCAGAAAGGCAAUGAAAUUUAUCCUCGAAGUUGGUGGCUUCACUUGAGACUUGGACCCUCAUUAUUUGGUCGCAAAGUGAGAGUGUUCUGUAAUUUGCCAUCAAAAGUAGAAGAGCCAUUCGAGAGAACGCAGUAUCGUGCAUUAUCUUGGCAGCAUGACUCUAGUACGUCAUCAACUGACGAUUCAUCGACUUACAUUGAAAUAUUUAUGUCUCGACCUGGUUCUUUUCACUACUAUUUCACCUACAGUGACAGUGAUACAUAUGAACCCCAGGGUUCAGGAUUCUUCUCAGUUGAUCCAGUUUUAAGGGUGGGAAACAAUGAGUUGCUACCUUUGGAUUGCAUUCAGUGCCAAACUGUCCUCUCAAAGUGCCUAGGACCCUUUUCCUCAUGGGAGGCAAAAUUGCGUGUAGGACAAGAAAGUGGCUACAAUAUGAUUCAUUUUACUCCAGUGCAGGAACUUGGAGAUUCAAAUUCAGCUUACAGUUUAAGAAACCAAUUGAAACUUAAUCCAAUAUUCUCUGAAGGAAAUCACACUAUUGAAUAUGCUGACAUAGAAAAAUUUACUGAUAAAAUGAGACGUGAAUGGAAAGUUGCCAGUGUAUGUGAUAUUGUUCUUAAUCACACUGCAAAUGAAACAGAUUGGCUUCAAGAUCAUCCUGAAUGUAGUUACAAUCUUAUCAAUUCCCCUCAUUUACGGCCUGCAUACUUGUUAGAUGCUCUUUUGAAUAUCCUUACUCAAGAAAUUUCUGAAGGCAAAUGGGAGUUCUCUGGUAUUCCCUCUGAAGUAACUGAAGAAGCACAUCUUUCGGCAAUUAGAAGUGCUCUUCUUGGCUUCUUCCUCCCUCAAGUGAAGAUUCCUGAGUUAUAUAUGCUUGAUGUAAAUCAUAUUGUGAGUGAUUUUCAAGAUCUUGCUCGAAGGCGUGUGCCACCAGUAGGAUCAGUUCCCACACCAAGCCCUCAAGAACUUAAAAUUAUUCCUGAUCCAUUGUAUCGUCGACUGAAGGCAACUGUGGAUAUGGAAUUAGCAUUACGCAUUUAUAAUGUGUACAGAAGUGACAGUUUUGAUGAGGAAACCCGUCUACGCCGUUGCAGUGAAGAUUUGCGAGCCCACCUUGAUAAGCUGAAUAGUGCUAUAUUCAAUGAAGUUCAGGGUCAUUUACAGGCAGCUGUCGAUAAUUCUAUUGCUGGUAUGCGAUACUUUCGAGUUCAGUCUGAUGGUCCUAAACUGAAAGAUGUUUCAAUCAAAAAUCCUUUAGUUCCUCGGUAUUUUACUGACUAUGGGUCUCCAAAGAAUAUUGCUGAUUAUGAAGAGCUUGCUUAUUCACCCAAAGGUUGUUUUGUGAUGGCUCACAAUGGUUGGGUAAUGAAUGAUGAUCCUCUGCGAAAUUUUGCAUCAUCAGAUUCAAAUGUUUACUUAAGGAGAGAACUCAUUGCAUGGGGCGAUAGUGUAAAAUUAAGAUAUGGCGAUAAACCUGAUGACUGUCCUUUUUUGUGGCGCCAAAUGCAAGAUUAUGUGGAAUUAACUGCCCAAGUAUUUGAUGGAAUUCGACUUGAUAAUUGCCAUUCAACACCUAUACCAGUUGCAGAGUACUUGCUGGAUGCAGCUCGAAAAGUACGGCCUGAUUUGUAUGUUGUGGCUGAAUUGUUUACCAAUUCAGAUCAGAAGGAUAAUAUUUUUGUCAACCGUCUAGGAAUUAGUUCCCUUAUUAGAGAGGCUAUGUCUGCAUGGGACUCCCAUGAAUUGGGUCGAUUGGUAUAUCGAUAUGGUGGUGAGCCUGUUGGUGCCUUCUUCCAGUCCAGCCUACGACCACUGACUCCUUCAGUGGCACAUGCAUUGUUCCUAGAUCUGACUCAUGACAACCCUAGUCCUGUGGAUAAGCGCUCUGUGUUUGAUUUACUUCCAAGUGCUGCUCUUGUUUCUAUGGCCUGUUGUGCCUCUGGCAGCAGCCGAGGAUAUGAUGAACUUGUGCCUCAUCAUAUUCAUGUGGUCGAUGAAGGAAGACAGUAUUCAGAAUGGUUUGAAGCUGGAGGGACGAUCAAUCUAAAGACUGGAAUUGUUGCAGCCAAGAGAGCACUGAACCAGCUACAUUAUGAAUUAGGAAACACACACUUCAAUCAGGUGUUCGUCGACCAAAUAGAUUCCAAUAUAGUAGCAGUUACCAGACACUGUCCAGACACUCAUCAGAGUGUGGUUCUAGUGGCUUAUACUGCCUUCAGCCAUCCAGCUUCAGAUUGGAGACCUCAUUAUAUAAAACCAUUACGAGUAGAGGGAACUGUAGAUGAGAUUAUUUUUGAAGCCUCUUUACAGCACGUUUCUAGCAGACCUGGAGUUCCUUCUUUUGAGAAGCCUAAAUCUUUUGAGAAAAAUUCCUCAUAUAUUAAUGGGCUUUUAGGUUAUGAAGUGAAGAUACGAGAACAUUUGAAAGUAUCAGAUUCUGAUUUUUUGGAACAAGAAGAAACAGGAGAUUCAAAUAUUACUCAGUUAAAAUUUACUAAUUUUUGUCCAGGUUCUGUAGUUGUGGUCAGAGUGAGCAUUCAAAACAAUGUUGUUCCUUCUUUAAAGAAGUUACACUCUCUAGUAAAUGCUUUCACACAACCUACUCCGGAGGUCAUUCCAAGUGUUGUUGGAUUGGGAAAUGUUGUGACCCAUCUUACAUUGGCAAAUCUCAAUCGUGCCUUGUAUCGUUGUGAUGCAGAAGAGCGAGAUGAAGGAAAAGGAUUUGGAGCUUAUGACAUUCCAGGAUUUGGUCCACUUGUGUACUGUGGCCUUCAAGGUUUUCUGUCACUUUUGGCUGACAUUCGUGUAAAAAAUGAUUUAGGCCAUCCUUUUUGUAACAAUCUACGACAGGGAAAUUGGAUGAUAGAUUAUAUUGUGCAGCGUCUUCAGAUAGAUUCUGGAACCAAGGAUCUGGGAGGAUGGCUGGAAGAACAACUUGGUCUUGUUAAACAGAUUCCUCGCUAUUUAGUGCCUAGUUAUUUUGAUGCAGUUGUGACUGGUUGUUAUCAGAUGUUGCUUCAACAAGCAUGGAAUCUUAUGUCUCCGUUUGUGAAGAAUGGUUCCAGUUUUGUCCGUAGUUUGGCAUUGGGCUCUGUUCAGUGUGGAGGUUUUGUUCAGUCUGCUCGCCUGCCACAAUUAUCACCUGCACUGCCUCCGCCCUUGCCUCCCAAACAGCUGAAUGCACAAGGAGAGGAAGAACAAGCAUGUCUGACUUUAUCUGCAGGUUUACCACACUUUUCCACUGGCUACAUGCGGAGCUGGGGUCGAGAUACUUUCAUUGCUCUGCGAGGUCUUUUCAUUCUCACUGGUCGCUUCCAAGAGGCCAGAUUUCACAUUCUUGGUUAUGCUGCUUGUCUACGGCAUGGUCUAAUUCCCAACUUGUUGGAUGGUGGUCUUAAUUCGCGAUUCAAUUGUCGUGAUGCUGUGUGGUGGUGGUUGAACUGCAUUCAGAGUUACGUUGAAGAAGUCCCUGGUGGUGCAAGUAUAUUGCAGGAUCCAGUGUCACGCAUUUUUCCUACUGAUGAUUCUCCACCGUUGCCUGCUGGUAAAAUGGAUCAACCUUUGUAUGAAGUGAUGCAAGAAGCAUUGACAGUUCAUUUUCAAGGCUUAUGUUUUCGUGAAAGAAAUGCAGGUCGUAGUAUUGAUGCUCAUAUGACAGACAAAGGCUUCAAUGUGCAGAUAGGAGUCCAUCCUGAAACAGGAUUUGUAUUUGGUGGCAAUUCAUACAAUUGCGGAACGUGGAUGGAUAAAAUGGGUUCCAGUGAAAAAGCUGGCACUCGGGGCCGACCAGCCACUCCUCGAGAUGGAAGUGCGGUAGAGUUGGUGGGACUAAGCAUGCGCACUCUCUUGUGGUUGUCAGCAAUGCAUGAGAAAGGAGCAUAUCCAUAUUCUUCAGUCUCAAGAAAAAAUAAGGAUGGAUCUGUAUUUUCAUGGACAUAUCGUCAGUGGGGAGAGAAGAUUGCAGCCAAUUUUGAAAAAUGUUUUUAUGUAAAUUCUACUCCAACUGCUGGAGAAGAACGCUCUGAUUUGAUUCAUCAGAGAGGCAUUUAUAAAGACACCUACCACGCAUCACAAGCUUGGUGUGAUUUCCAACUUCGUUGCAAUUUUCCUGUUGCAAUGGUGGCAGCUCCUGAACUUUUCAACCCAGCCCAUGCAUGGACUGCUCUUAAGAAACUAGAAAGCACUCUUCUAGGUCCUUUAGGAAUGAAAACUUUAGAUCCAGCUGACUGGAAUUAUCGGGGAGACUAUGAUAACUCCAAUGAUUCAAAUGAUGCUCAUGUUGCUCAUGGAUUCAAUUAUCAUCAAGGCCCUGAAUGGCUAUGGCCAGUGGGAUAUUUCCUACGGGCAAGGCUUCACUUUGCUAGAGCAGUGGGUGGAGAAGCUGAGAUACAACGUGUUUCUGCCAACACCCGGGCUUUGUUGGCUCGGCAUUUCACUGCUCUUCAGAGUUCUCCAUGGCGAGGUCUUCCUGAACUGACCAAUAGUGAAGGCAAAUUUUGUCCUGGUAGUUGUACUACACAGGCUUGGAGCAUGGGCUGUCUUUUGGAGGUUCUCCAUGAUCUCUCUCGGUUGGAAGAAUAUCCUCCUGCAACACUUGAGUUGGUUGAUAACUGACUCUACCGAAGGUGUGUGCUUAACAUCGCACACACUCAGCCCUGUUCACAGAAAACAGUAUACAGUGAUCGAUUUUUCAAGGAAGGCCAAACUCUUUUAGGUGCCAUAUUUCCAGAACCUGUUCUGGGCUAUGAUGCAAUCUCACUGCCAAGAUUGGAAUAUAAUGUUGGGCAUUACAUGCCCAUUCAUCCUUUUCCGUAUCAUAAAAUUAGUAAUUUUUCUGGCCUGUUGCUAAUGAAUAAAUAUGAUGAACAUAUAAUCAAUAAACCAUCACCAGAUUUGAAUGGUGAGGAUAAAAGUGAAACAUCUCUGCCUUUAAUAGAAUACACUGCAGCUUGUAGUUUUGUGUACAGUAGUAGCAACUUCUGUUGGGAAGAAAUAUCUAUUAAUCUUAUCAGGGAAUAUUGUGAUGAAAAGUCUAGUCUGCUAUAUACACAAUAUAGGAAUAUGGUUUCAAGAGUUACACAUUGUGAACAGAAAUGGAAAGGAAAACAUAAAAAACCUGUGAAGACCACGUGUGCCUCUCACUCAAGAGAUGAAAUCAUUGUCUCUGUACACAGUGAUAUGGAUUCUCUAUUACCACCAACACUACGUGAUGGAGAUUCAGAUGCUAGUGAUGAUGGUCCAAAACUAUCGGAGGCUGUUCAUCGCCCUCGUGGAUAUGUUCCCCUCGCAACUGGUGACAUUGAGCCCUGCCCAUUGCUGGUGCUGGAACCAUUGUUACUUGUGCAGGGGACCAUGGAGAAUCAUCAACAACCAGUACCACGACGGAGAAAGGAACAACUUUCUCCUUCAGAACAACAGAAAGUGGCCCGCAUCAUGAUUGGUUAUACUUUAGCAUUUUUCCUCCUUGCUAUUCUCACUUUCUACGUUGUUUACUUUGUGUAAUUUUGUUGUUGAAAAGAAGUAUCAGAUCAAGAACUACUUUGUGAAAUCAGAAAUAUAAAGAACUGCUCAAUACAAAAAAUUGGUGAUGUACUUAAUACUCAGAACACUUGUUUAUCAGGUAGACAAAAAGCCUUCCCUGGAGAGUAAAAACUACCUCCUUGUGAUAUUCUCCCAUCUGUAUUUUAUUAUGUUGUAGAAAAUAUGCUUGCAAAAGAAAAAAUUCUGAUAAAGUUGAAAUCAGAUUGUUGACAUUGUAGCAACAGGGUCAAAAAACAUUUUAAAUGUUUAGAUUAGCAUGAACAUAAGCGCACACUAUUGUGACGCACAAUGAAGAAUUGGAUAAACUAUUCAGAAUGUUUGUAAUUACUUUGUUAUAAGAUAAACUUGAAUACUGCUGAAAUGUCUCUGGAGUUAAAAGCAGUGACUUCCUGUAAAAUCCUAUAGACAUCACUUUUUAACUUGAAACACAUUUAUUUUUAUCAAUUAAGGAAAGACAGCUUUUUUUCUUUUUGUUAAAAUCUUGCAUUAAGUCCUGCAAAUCAUGUAAAAACUUCCAAAAUUUCACUUUUUGAAUACCUAAAGACACAAUGAUUUUUAAAUUAAAAACGAUGUCAGCAAAAUAUUCACAGUAUGGCUAUAAUAUUACAUACCAAAAAAAAUUGAUUAUAAAUAGCUAUCAGCUUGUACACAUUCUUGCAUCUGUUAUGAACCUUUUGAUUAUAGAAAGAUGCAUUUAAAUAGGAAAAUCUAUCUUUGAUAGUAACAGUAUUUUCUCAACCAGUUAAUUAAUAGAUUAAUUCAAUUUAACAAACACCAAACUGUCACAGAAAAUGUUGACAUUAAUUUUUGUAUUCUCUUAGCUCCUUUUAAAUCUCAAGAAUUAUCAUGUAUUCCACUCAAGUUAGCCUUAUUCGUAUAUUCUCACCUUAACCUCUUCCACAUAUUCAUAACUAUUAUUAAGUUAAGUUGUUUUCACAAAAUUUAAUUCUACAACGAUUGCUGUAAUGUUUCCCACAUUACAUUUUACUUACAUUUCAUAUUCUCACUUCACAUGACACUGACAAUCCUGCAAAUUUUAUACAGUAGUUUUGUGUAAUACCUUUUUUCUGUGUGUGGUUUUUAAUGAAACAUAAUUAGUUGAUAUUAUCCUUUUAUAAAUGUUCAUUAAAAAUACCAAAUAAAAGCUAAGUAAAAUUCAGGAGUACAAUAAUUGUUUAACUGAUUACAGUGAUAUGUUGUAAAUAAUUUAUUCCAGAAUAAGUUCUAUAAAAUUGUUAAAAGUUGAGUUUGUGUAAUUCACGUUUCACACUGUCUUUGAUCUGUUUUUCAUUAUGAGAUGUUAGCCCUUUGGUGUUUCUAAGUUAACUACGUUUAUUGUUUGCAGUUAGAAAAAGCUAGACACAUUCUUAGUACAGAAAUGUUAUCUCUACUUUCUAUUUCUCCAUUUUGAAACAAUUUGCAACAAUGUCUUGUAAUUGUCUCUUAACUUGCUUAUUUCAAAAUCUCUUUCAUUCCUUAUACAUUGUUAAUAAUGAAUAUAUGUACACCAAAUACAGAGUGCAGAAAUAUCAUUUUCUGUUCUGUGGCUAAACAUUUUAAGAGGUAAAUUUGCUUACUAGAACUUUUAGAUUGAGAAAAAGUGUAUGUUUUAUGAAAUGUUACACUUCUUUUCAUAAUGCUCAUAAAUAAAUGAAAUUUAUAAACAAUUUUAUCCUGUGAUUUUACAGGUGUAGUUAAAUAAAAUAUCUUUUACACAUUUGUAAUUACUCAGAAUUAAAAAAGGCUUUACUGUUUGUUUCUUACUGAAAUAGAAGUAAGAAUAUGUAGAGUAGACUGUAUAAAGCACUGCAGAAGUAUGCACUCCAUAAAAUGAAGUAUAUAGUGAUUUAGAAUGAUAAAAUAAAACAAUUUUAACAUAUAUAUAUAUAUAUAUUAUAUAUAUAUAAUAUAUAUAUAUUAUAUAUGAUGUUUGUCAAAAAGAUUUGUGGGGUAAUUUCUCUUACAAAAUUGUCGUCCUCACAAAUUGUAAUAUUGCUGGUAUACAUUUCUGUAAUAAUUCUACAAAGUUGCUGAAACAUUAAGAAAAAGUAUAUUGUAUUUCAAUUUGAAGAUGUAAUACUCAUUUCUUCUUGUAGAUCCUAUCAUUGUAGAAAAGAAAAAAAAAUUGUAAUAUCUUAAUUCUAUUACAUAGCCAAUUGGAAAUUGAAGUAAAAUACAUUCAUAAGUUUGGAUUGCUUAUUGCCUAUUCUAACAAAUUAUUACAAAAGGAAAUAUUGACAAACUUAUUGAAAUAGAAUGUCAGUCAAAAAGUAACUCACAGAACUUUGCAGUAACUGUGUAGUACAGUAUUAGAGAAAUUAAUAAUUAUUUGGAGUCACCUAUUGGAUGUUUAUACGUAUGAAUUUUUAUUUUAUUGAAGCAAAAAGUGUUAUUUAUUUCAGACUGUACAAUUUAAAAUUUAACAUAAAACUGUUGAACUAUGUUUAGUGAAUGUAACUAAGUUAUAAAUAACUGCUCUCUGACUUGGUUGUCAUUUGGUAUGGAAUGUGUUUACCAAAUUAAUCAAAAUUAAAUUAUCUUAUUUUUAUUUCUCAGUUUUUUAAAUUGUGAUCAUGUGAGUUUUCUUAAACAAAUACUAUUACUACUUUUAAGAAGUCUUCAUAAGUUUUUUCAUGACAUAGAAUUAGUAUAAGAAGGGACUUCAAAUCACAAAUAUUAUAUAAAUAUAUUUAUAAAAAAAAGAAUGUAAGUAUCAAUAACAUUAUGAAAAUGACUAUAUUUAACCUGUUAUCUGUAAAAAGUAACUUUUAUUUGUUGAUUACAUUUGUCAUUAAAAAACAAAUCAUGACAGAUACAAAUUCCUUUUUGUUGGAAUAUCUUCAUCAAUUUUAUUGAAAGCAAGAAAAUGUGUUAUUACUUGCACCAAAACUAUUUUUUAUGAAUGAUCAAUAUAUUUAUUUUUGGUUAUUGUAAACGUAGAUACUUGGUAAAAUAAGAAUUAUUUUAGUUAACUUCAUAAA